CCCAAGCAUGUUGAGGAAACAAUCUUUCAAUUUCAUGUGCAUAUAGAAUUCAUUUUCAAAGCUUGUAUGGAUAAAACUGUAGAAUUCCCAUGUGUGGUCACUAUGAGCCCAGCCGGAUUUGAAUAAAAACAAACCUUUUGUUUGAGUUUGAUGCUGCAAAAUGUGCACAUCUGCUUUGUGUCUGGUGUGUGUUAGCUUGCUGUUCAGGACCUCUCUGAGCUGCUAUCAGUGCCUUGUUGAUGUGCAAGACAGUCUUCGCCUGUGUUCGGGUCACAUUUUGACUGAACACAAUGUUCAAAAUGUGGACGCGUGCUUCAUGAAGCUGAACCGCAUAUUCCAAGAGGAUCAGAGAGUAAUUGAGGCUGGCAGAGUGGAUAAAGGCUAUGACAAACAACUUAAAGAACUUCUGGAUGCAGAGAUCAUGCCUCUGGUGGAAGAGUUCGACGGGAAGCUGAAUAACGACACAGUGUAUGAGGAAAGGUUGCAGACAGCAGCAGACAAUUUCAUCGCAGCUGCCUCCAAACUGCCUAGAGUCUCUGGAUGCAUCCCUCCAUGUGGUUUUCAGAGUGGCAGAGAAUACAACUGUCAGACCUGCCAGUAUGACUCCUGUGAAUUACCUCUCGACUGUCCAGUUAAAGAAAUGAAAGCAAUGGAGAACAGCAGGAGCCGAAUGCGAUGCGAAGUGCCAUUUCCCUUAGCAGACGACAUGGAGGUGAUCUGGAGGUUUGCAGAAGAGGUGAACACGAAGCAGGUGGAUCAGUUUAAAGAAGUGACGGCGGGGGUCGACAGGCUCUACUCCAUCCCUUCGACCAGCGAGCAGCAUCAGGGCACUUACCAGUGUGAGAUCUACUCCGGCCGGCGCUCCGUCGUCAGGCUGUACUUCUAUCUCACAGUGACCCCCCAGGUUGUGGCAGGCCACACAGAGCUGCAGGAGAUAUUCGACCUGUCUCUGCUCCCAGGAGGGCGGUUAGUCCCUGCGCCUGGUGGUCCCGCCCCCCUCCCCCUCCCCUCGCCACUUCUCCUCGCCGCCUGUUUAACUGCCGUGCUGCUGCUGCUGUUUCUCUCCCUGGGAGCUUUGUAUUGGUCAUCGAAAACAGAGCAAACAGAUGGAGAUGGAGAUGGAAGAGAGAGGAAGAUUUAGGAUUGUGAGAGCUGGGAAGAGACAUGUGGUGCAGUAAAAGGCAUUUUAUCCAUCCUUUGGUCUCCUACAGAGCGUUACGUCAUAGCUAACAGGAAGCCUGUAAUUGGCUCCUUCGGCCACUAGAGGGCAGCAUGCACAGCUCUAUCAGCGGCCCAGUCUCCAUUCAAACAACCACAUUUAUUCUCAUUUGUGUCUCACAGUAAUGGAGAUUAACUAACUGGGUUUACUCGCUCACUGUGGUUACU